AUGCCGCCCUCCCUUCUGCCGGGCCACGGCAGCGAGAAGGCGUCCGGCCACCCGGCAGGCUCUGGCCAUCUCCUUGCGGGCAGCACCAGCCACUCUGAAGGCGCCCCGCUCCUCCUGCCUGCUGCAAAGGGGGAAGACACGAAACAACCCCAAGUCACCGUCUGCGAGGCUCACUUCAGGCUGCCCGAUUUCUGCAGCAGCCUCUCCCAGGACUUCAUUCCCACCUUGGAGGAGAUUGAGGAGUUCCUAAGGGAGAAGGCCGAGUUCCUCAAAGACGAAGCAAGCGAGCUUCACCCAGCUGGAGGGAAGGUGGAGAUCAAAUCUGAGAUCAGCUUAGGCAGCUCUGGGGGACAGCCUGUCUCCGGUGUGGUUCAAGAAGAUAAUGUCUCAAAUGCUGCUCAGCCUGGAGGGACAGCUGAUGGCAGUGACCAGGCGGUAGCUGCUGGGAGCAUUCCUGUUGUCCUCCAGAUCCAGCCCCUCCAGAUGGACAGUGGCAGCCCGCUAGCACAGAGUGCCACCGGUGGGGUCAGGGUGGCCCAGCUGGUUAUCAGCUUGCAGGGCCAAAACCUGUCGCUCCUCCCUCAGGUCCAGCCCCCUGUGACCAUCAUGGACCAAAAGUAUGUCAGAAUUGCCCCCCUACCAGUCGCCACGAGGCCAGGGGAUGGGCAAGAGGUGGAGGCAACCCUCAAGUAUCAGAAAGCCCCCCCUUCCCUCGUCCGGGUCCAUAAGUGCUCGCACCCAGGCUGUGGCAAGAUGUACACCAAGAGUUCCCACCUCAAGGCUCACUUUCGGCGGCACACGGGCGAGAAGCCCUACACGUGUGCUUGGCCCAACUGUGGCUGGCGGUUUUCCCGGUCGGAUGAGCUCUCCCGUCACAAGCGCUCCCACUCGGGUGUCAAGCCGUACCAGUGUGCUGCCUGCGAGAAGAAGUUUGCCCGCAGCGACCAUUUAGCCAAACACGUGAAGAUCCACCGGGGCCAGCCGUACAGCCAGGGGACGCUUCAGGGGGGCAGCAGAAGUUAA